AAAUUAAAGUUAACGAGAAGUUGGUCUUAAUAAAUAUUACCUUAUGAUAUAAUAGUUUCAAUACACCUGGUCAUUCGUUCGCAGUAAAAUUAAAAUGGGAUUGCACUGUGAUGUUUGUUCUUUGGACCUUGUUGACCAUUUUGCUUAUGAAGGUCAUAUCAAAGGUAAAAAACAUUUGAGAAAUGUUGAGAAAAAUGAAAAGAUUUUGAAAAAAAAGAUGAAUUCUGUGUUUGUGACAAAUUUGCCUCCUUCUGCUUCGAAGGAGACAUUGUUUAAAUUUUUCUCAAAAUUUGGUCCAAUAGAAAACCAUAUCUUUUCUCAAAAAUAUAUGAUCAUAGAAUUUCAAAACAGAGGACCAGUACAUUUCUUACUGAAUAAUCCAAUUCGGAUGAAUGGUAUUAAAUUCAGUAUCAAGAAAAGAAUCAUACGGGACGAGAGUAAAACAAAAACUAAAAAAAAGGAAAUUGUAAAUCAGAGUCUACGCGAUGAGGAUUUGAUACCAAUAUCUCAGGUAGAUGACACGUUUGAUGUCCAACUUACAUCUUUACUGAAGGCAGUGCAGCCCGAUAAGGACGAAAUUGAAUCUAAGUGCAACCUAAUUUGUGCUGAUUUAGCUCAAGUAUUUUCAACGGUGUUUCCAAAGUGUGCAGGUUAUAGAUAUGGUUCAACGGUAACAGGCUUGUACUUUAAAACCAGUGAUGUAGAUAUUUUAGUGGAUGUUGGUGAACAUGUUAUCAAGACUACAGAUCAAACCCCAAAACCCCCCACAGGCUUCCAAUGGACUCCACAAAAAGUCUUUAAAGAAGCAAAGAAACUUUUAUUUUCAAGGAGCAAACUUUUUACCGAUCUAAUCCAAAUUCCUAAAGCAAAAACGCCAAUUAUAAAAUUUACUCACAUACCCACCAGUAUGUCGGUCGAUGUUUCAUUCAAAAAUGGAAUUUGUGUGUACAACAGUCAUCUCAUCAAAUCUUACUUGUUCAGUGAUGACCGAUUACGGCCUUUAAUGAUUAUUAUAAAAUGCUGGGCAAAGAUGUUCAACCUCAUUGGGCCACAAAAAAUAUCCUGUUACGCGAUGACCAUGCUUGCUAUCUUUUACCUUCAACAACCUGAGGUAAACAUUUUACCCACGGUAGCGCAGCUUCAAGAAACUUGCACACCUCAUAUUAUAGAAGGGUGGCAAGUAGCUAUUGAUCAGAAACGUUUAAAUUCUCACAAAUGCACAAAUAAGAGCAGCAUCCCUGAACUCUUACAAGGGUUUUUUACCUUUUACGGAAGCUUUGAUUUUGAGUCUUCGGUUGCAUGUCCCUUUAAUGGUGAGAUACAGACAAAAGAAAAUUUUAACGAUCAAGACAAACUACCAGAUAGUUUUAUGAGGUAUAAACAACGUGUUGAUCAGUCAAUCAAGUUGCAACAUCAGAAGCCAAUGUGUGUGCAAGAUCCCUUUGAGCUUUCUCAUAAUAUUACUGGAAAUGCUCCACCGUAUGUAGUGCUUCUUUUUCAAAAGCAGUGUUCAUUAUCGGCAGAAGUAUGCAGGGAGAUGAUGAAAAAUCAGAACAAAAAUUUAUUACCCACAUUGUUUGUUACCGAAGCUGAAACGAAGGAUACCAAAGUAUUUGUUAUAGAUAUUACAAGUGAAUCAUAUUUAACAGUAGGUCUACCUAAGGACUUUGAUUUGCGAAGUGAUAUCCCUAACAAAGAGCAGUACAUUAGAGAAAACUGGUACUCGGUCAUUUUUGGUCUAGUCAAAGAUUUCUUUGAACGGGUUAUGAAAUUAAAAGUCGAAAUACUUUUAACAGAGGGAGAAGCAAAACACCAGAAAGUUGGUACACCAUCCAAUGUGCACACAAAUGAUAACGAUACUAUUGUUAUGCAUUGCACAGGAAGUCAUAGAAUAUGGUCCCAUCGAAAAUCCAAGAAAUCAUUUAUUGGUCCAUCGAUCAGCUAUAUGGAUCAUGAAGCUCAUGUAUCGGAUGAAUUGAUUGCAAUAUACCCAGAGAGGAAUUUGGACAAUGUUAAAAUAGAUUUUACAUGUAAAUUUAAAAAACAACAGAAACCUGUGCAUGUCUCGUUACUAUUUGAAGAUACAAGUCACACUAAUAACAUAUUUCGUGAAAUGAGACCAUUUUUAAGUAGUAAAUUACGUAGAAUAAUUAAAACGAUGCUGAUGGAUAUGGCAGAUAAACAAUAUAAAAUUUAAUUUCAUAGUUAUGACACAUAAACAAAUUAAAUAUGGACAUAAGCUAUGAUUUACUUCAUAAAUUGUGACUAUGUAUUCUGAUGUAUAUACGUUUUACGUUAAAUCCUGCUGGAAUUUGAAAGAUGUUUUAGUUGUUAAAAGAAUCAAUAAUUAUUUUAUUUUGAGAACAUUGUAUGUCAGAAGAAAUUCACAAUUUGUGGAACACUAUUGACAAUAAUCAUAGAUCUAUGUUAAUUGUCAUAAGAACUGAGCUCGAAUAAAUGACAUGCAUAUAA